AUGGCUUUUCAACCAAAAACCCAUAAACAAUCUGGAAAGCUCACUUCCUUUUGGCUGUUCGUGGAACGCGAUGGAAGGGACAUUUUUCGACGCUUACACGGUCGGGCUUACACUAACUCCGAUCUUCGGCUUAUGGGUGACAUCUAUCAAGGAAUUGGCCCCGAACGUAAAGAAUAUUAUCGACUUGAGGCCAUACGAUUAAAUAGAUUGGACCCGGUGAUGAAUGUAACGAUCCGCAGCGACGACUCGAACAAGCUGGCGACAUACUUCGAGAACAAGAAGAUGAUCGCCAUGGAACCAGUGCACAUUCCAGUCCAUUCGGGUCCAGCACCCGUUUGGCUGGGCUCUACGCACUCGCGACCGGGAAAAGAUGAGCCGAUGGAACAUGCCUUGCUCAGGGAGUACCUCGACAACAACUUUGUCCCGGCUAUCAUCGCUCGCUGCCAAAACAGCGUAUUCCUGCCAACUCCUAUGCCGAAGUACGCACGAUACAAUUACGACCGAGUGACAAUGAAGACGAUUUGGGUGAGUGAUGACAGCAAGGCAAGGGAGUUCCCUGAGAGUUACAUCAACAGUGGUGCGAGACGUGAAGAGAUGGCUGAGCAAUUUGACGAACCGUGUGUGCCGAUGGAUGCCGAGGAGAAGAAGAAUGCCAUCAACAGGAUCCGCAAGAUUUGGCCUACCGCAGACGACGAGGAAAUUGAGGCGAUGUUUAAG